AUGCCGAAUUGUACAGCAUGUAGAGAGGAGUACCUCUGUUCAGACAAAGGAUUGUUAAUGCCCUUUGUAAACGAGUAUACAUGGCCAAAGGAGGCAAGGGCGACAAUCUACUUUUUGGGAUUAUUGUGGAGCUUUAUGGGAGUAUCAAUCAUUGCAGACUAUCUUAUGCAGGCAAUCGAUAUAAUAACUGGAAAAACCAAGCAAGUUAAAAUCCCCGAUCCUGAAUCAGAAACUGGCUACACGUCUGUUGAAAUUAAAAUGUGGAACGGUACUGUUGCGAAUUUGGUCUGCAUGUCAUUAGGAUGUAGUACACCAGAAAUUUUAUUGUCAAUUAUAGAAGUUAUGUUUAAUGAUUUUAAAGCCGGUGCGCUAGGACCAGGAACAAUUGUUGGUUCAGCAGCUUUUAAUUUAAUGUGCAUAACUGGCGUGUGCAUUUUGUCAAUAUCUGCAGGAGAAACAAAAAGAAUAAAAAAGUUCAAAGUUUUCCUAGUGACAGGCGUUUUCUCAGUAGUUGCCUAUUUAUGGCUUUUGAUCAUAUUAGUUGCCAUCACACCCGAUUAUGUUGAUGUAUGGGAGGCAGUUGUAACGUUUUUGUUUUUUCCGUUGAUGGUAUUGGUUGCAUACAUGGUAGAUAAAGACUUCUUUGGGAGAGGAAGUGUACAGGAUUCUGGUCUUGAAAUGGGAGAAGAACUAAGUUUAUUGGAGAAACAGAAAGCUGACAGACAAAUUAUACAGGAAGUGCUUAGAAGAUUGCAUAACAAGAACGCCGUGAAAGACAAAGAUAUUGCUUUGCUCACGGCAAAACUGAUGGAAGAAAACAAAGAACACAGCAGAGGAUGGUACCGAAUCAACGCCAUUAGAUCUCUUACCGGGGGUGCAAAACUUACUCCACAAAUGAAUGAAAGGACAGAAGAGCUUCUUAGAACCUUGGUAGCUUGUGAUGAGAUGGGUUCCCAAGUUUCUUUGACAGAACUAAGUCAAGGUAGGGAAAAGUCUAUCAUAGAAUUUACUGCUCCUUCAACCUCUAUUCUGGAAUGUGAUAAACGAGUAAAGAUCGGUAUAGCUCGACAUGGCAAUACUAACAGAAGAGUUAGAUACAGGGUUGAAACUUUCGAUGGAACAGCCGUUGCCAAAGAGGAUUACAUCGAGUUCAAACAAUCGUUGGUCUUCGAACCAGGAGAAACGAUGAAUUAUAUUGAAAUCGACAUAGUAGAUGAUGAUAUUUGGGAGGAAGAUGAAGUUUUCUUUGCCAAGAUUUCAAUCGAUCCGUAUGAACCUGGUGUUGUAGGGAGAAGGGCUAUAACUCAGAUAAUAGUAUUGAAUGAUGAUAUUAGGGACCAUAUAAGAUUCCCGAAGCCAGCCUUUGUAUUCAAAGAGAGUGUUGGUACGGCCCUAGUCCCAGUAGAACGAGAAGGAGGUUGCAAGGGCAAGGUCACCGUGAAAUAUGAAACCAAAGAUUUAGUAGCCGUCAAGGGUCAUGAUUACAGCGUUGAUCAAAAGCAGGAAAUUGUGUUUGAAAAGGGAGAAGUUUCCAAAAUGAUUGAGAUCUGUAUCCAUGAUGACAUGGAAUUUGAAAAGGACGAAAACUUUGAAGUUAGAUUAACUGGAGUGGAAGGCAAUUGUGAAAUGGACAAACGAAAAACCAGAUGUGUUGUUACAAUUGUGAAUGAUGACGAAUUUAAAGGAUUCGUUGCCAGAGUUACUGAUCUAACAAAUGCUAACCUGGACUCACUCAGAAUGUCAUAUACAUCAUGGGGUAAACAAUUCCAUGAUGCCAUGAAUGUCAAUGGUGGAAACGUGGAAAAUGCAACCUUUAAAGAUUAUAUCUUGCAUUUCUUUACGUUUGGUUGGAAGGUUAUAUUCUCUUUAAUUCCACCGGCAAGUAUUCUAGGGGGAUGGCUAUGCUUUUUUUGCGCUUUAAUAGCUAUUGGAAUAUUAAAUGCGAUAAUUGGAGAUUUAGCAAACAUAUUUGGAUGCCUAAUUGGUUUGAAACCGGAAGUCACAGCAAUCACGUUCGUUGCUUUGGGAACUAGCUUACCUGAUUUAUUUGCCAGUAGAGCAGCUGCAACAUUAGAACGAUCGGCUGACAAUGCAGUAGGAAAUGUGACUGGAAGUAUUGCAGUCAAUGUUUUUAUGGGUCUUGGUGUUUCUUGGACGAUUGCAGCAGUUUAUUGGGCAGCACAGGGCAAAAACUUUGAAGUACAAUCAAGUAGUUUGGUAUUCAGUGUAAUAAUAUAUUCUAUUUGUGCUGUAGUAACAUUAGGGCUUUUAAUUGUGCGACGUUUUACUGGUAUCUUUGGAAAUGCAGAACUUGGUGGUCCAACAGGUCCAAAGAUAGCAUGUGGACUAUUUCUCAUCGGCUUAUGGUUCUUUUAUGUUCUGUUGUCAUCAUUCCAAAAUUAUGAAUCUAUUUCGGGAAUUUAAACGUUAUCUCAACUACUAGUUUACAUUAAUGUUAUAGAAUUUGAUAUUGUUAUUGUAUUUUUAGUUGUUGAUUUGGUUUGAAAGUUAUAUAUUGAUGAUGUUCUUUCCAUUAACAAUCCAAACGUUUGUAAUUGCCUUCCAUCAAUAUAUCCUCCAGAACAAGAAAUUAAACAAACAAAACAACUAAGAAACGGCUUCCUCUGUCUCAUUUUUAGACUUAUCUUACAAAUUUGAUAUACACGGUCAUCUCGGUACCAGAAUCUAUGACAAACGAGACGACUUUAAUUUUGAUAUUAUUAAUUUCCCCCACCUUAUUCACAAAUCGUUGCCAAUGUAAGGAAAUUGUAUGCGACUGUCAUACAUGUAAAAAGUAACAAAAGAAAACUUAUUGCAUAUCUUUUGGAAUGAGUAUACAGUAAAAAUAUUUGUAUUGCAUUUCAAAAACUUCCUAUUCAAAUGCGGAUAUAGCUUGAAAAAUAUAGAUGCAGUGGAUGUUAUUUUUGGUAUUGGGGGAAAUAUCGACCAAUUUAAUGCAAUUUAACAAAUAAGGUUGAAUUAACAGUUCAUAUUUAUAAAAUUUCAGGAAAAAAAUGUAUAUUUAAAUAAUCUAUGAGAAUAGAACAACAUCCGAUUAACCAUUGAAUGAAAUGAGCAAAUAAACCCUAAUACUAGGAAAAAUAUGCAUGAGAAAUACCCAUAACAUUGCCCUGUCGAUAUAAAUUAAGAGGUAAUAUUGCUAUUCGAGCAGCCGGGGUCAAUACGGAAAAGUCGUCUUGGACUAUGAGCUUAUACGGAACGCUCACUUCCGGUUUCAAUUUGCUUACGCCUUACUUUACUUGGACGUAUCGUUUUGCAUAAAAAGAUAAGUAAUUUUUUUUUUAACUUAAAAUCAUAAAAAAAGCUUAAAUAAUGUUCAGUGCUUUGUAACGUAUUGACGUUUUGAACCAGAAGUAUUUCACAGCCUUUUCGAGUACGACUUUCGGUUAUUGGCAUUGUUUCAUUUCCGUUGAUCAAUCAUCAAAACACAGACGAUCCAAGAGUAAGAAUAGUAAAAGCCAUCUUAUUUAUUCUCCCCAGCUAUAGCUAAAUAAAAUGAAUUGUAAUAUCAAGUACUUGGACGAGAAAUCGGAAAUUACAUCUGACAAGGUUGACAACUGUGAAAUGUUCAGAUGUGAAAUUCUAUGUCUUAU